UUGGCGAUCUACUUACAUCUGCUACGUCGGAUCCCGGCUAUAAACCUAUCUGCAAUAACAUCGAUUCAGAGACUCAGCCCGUAGUUUCCUGCGUUCACGUCCACCUGGAAUUCAUCCAUCCGAGAUAGACAGUGCGGUAGAAGGCGCUUGAUAGCUCUGUUUAUCUGAGCUGGCUGAAUAUACGACAAGAGAGACAGACCUCCUUUCUGCGAAUAUCGACUUGCUCGUGAAGCGCUCGAUGAGUCCAUCGGGCGCUUAGACGGGUUGCUAUAGCUAGCUACGAGGCGAGAUCUGCAAGCGGGCCUUGACGCGCCGCCAUAUUCGGAUUUUUUCUGAGGAUGGUGUAUUGUGGGAAGCCCUCGAGGGGGUGUCAGAUGUGCAGGACGAGGAGAAUCAAGUGUGACGAGACGAAGCCUAAGUGCAACCAGUGCGCCAAAUCGCGCAGGAUCUGCCCCGGGUAUCGGGACGAGUUCGACCUGGUCUUCCGUAACGAGACGCAGGCCACCGAACGUAGGGCACGGAAGGCGAGCGCGAAGUCGCUGACGCAGAAGGCGGCCAGGUCGCAGGAGGUUGCUCACCGAGGUAGCCUCAGCUCACCGCCGUCGCCUCGACCGCAGGCCGUCGUCCCCGCGCUGAACGUGCCGGUGGAACAUCAGGCUCGCUGCCACUUCGUCGCCAACUUCGUCCUCGUGCCCCACCAGGAGGGCACGCGGGGCUUUAUGGACUUCACGAUGCCACUGCUACUGCAGGAACCGCGCGACCACCUGCAGUACGCCUUCAACGCGUGCUCUAUGGCCUUCCUACACAACCGCAGGGGCGCUAGCAGCACGCUAUCGGAGCGGGCGCUGCAUGAGUACACCAGGGCGCUCAAGGAGACCAAUGCCGCGCUUAGAGAUCCCGCAACGCAGACUAUGGACUCGACGCUGGCCGCCGUGUUGCUUCUAGGCUUGUUCGAGACUAUCUCGGCCAAGCAGCUCCGCAUGAUGCACUGGGGCUCGCACACCGAGGGCGCCAUCCAGCUCGUCAAGGCGAGGGGCAGGAAGCAGCUGAAGACGAAGGUCGGUUUGCAGCUCUUCAUCGCAGUCCGCACUCAGAUGAUCGUUCACUGCCUCACGUCGGGCACGGCGCCCAUCAUGGGCGCGGAAUGGUGGAUCAAUGACGCGGCGCGCAACCGCACCGCGGCGAAGUGCCACCAACUGCUGAUCAAGACCUGCGAGUUGCGCGCCGAGCUGGCGCGUCUGAUGGCAGGCCCGCCGGCCCCGCGCACGCCAGCUCGAGUCGAGGCGGUGCUCGAGCUCGCGCGGCGGGCUCAGGACCUCGACCGUGACGCCGUCGCCUGGAUGCGCGGCGUGCCGGCUGGGUGGCUGCCACGCACCGUGGCCUGGGUCGACCGGCGCGCCGGGGGAGCCGCCGCCGAGGACUACGCGCGCGCUGAGGUCUUCCCCGGUCGCGUCGACGCCUACCGCGACUUCUACACCGCCGGUGUCUGGAACAUGGCGCGCACGGCGCGACUCGUACUCGCCGCUAUCGUAGUCCGCUGCGCCGCAUGGGCCUGCGCCCCCGUUGAUUACCGCACUACUCCCGAGUACGCAACCGCUGCUCGCGUCUGCGUCGAGACAAUCGCCGACGUUAUCGCCUCCGUGCCGUACCAUCUAGGGGUGACGGCCGCGGGGGGGGAGGAAGAAGAGGAGGAAGAGGAGGAGGGGGAGGAGGGGGUGGAUGGUGGCGUGAAGGCGCUGGCGGGCUACUUUCUGACGUGGCCGCUGGCGAACUUGACUAGCCAGGACUACACGACGGACGCCCAACGGGCGUGGAUCCGCGGGCGGCUAACAUAUAUCAGCGACGCGCUCGGCGUCCGAUAUGCGCAUAUCCUGCAGAACCUACAGAUCCGCGUGCCGAGCAUGUUGAUCCGCCAGGACUGGUGCAACAGCACCGAAAGACACCAUCGUUUACGCCAGUCCUACCGCCGCAUAUCCUUCCCCAACCAUCAAAUACUAUAG